UCUCCAGGAUCCUUAAAACCUAUGAAGGUACUGUCAAGCAAACCGAGGCUGCCCGGGCGUAUCUUUGCUGUCGACCGUGUGUUAGUGUGUUGGACGGCCGCUGAGACGCACCUCCAGCUGCUGUUGACAUCCAGGACGAGCACGGAUGUGUCUGUAGCAACUUAACCAGCUUUUACCCCGCGGAAGUUUCCUCUAGCAUGCAUUUAAAACCCUUCAGUUCAUUCUGACUGGGUGCUGUGCCGGGGGACUUCUUCACUCUUUUUUUUUUUUUAAUAAGAAGAAAUUGAGAUGAAGCUACAGUGUGAUGUCGAGGUUGUUAGUCGGAUGCUGCCCACGUUUGGGAUGAAGAGUCGAGGGAAAGGGGCGAGAGCUGUGCUUUCCAUCGGGAAGCAUUUGGACAAGACGAGUCAACGAAGCAGCAUAUACAUGAUGAUUUGCACGGCCAAAGACAGAUCGGGCUCAAAAUACAAGCUAAAAGACAACAUAGAGAAGUUCUUCACAUGGUUUGUGGAGGAAGGCAAGGCCACCGUGAGAUUAAAGGAACCAGCUGUUGACAUUUGUUUGAGCAAGGCCGAUGCAAAUAGCUUGAAGAACUUCCUCUCGGCCGCUCGUUUGGCCGACAGAGGAAGUGAUACAAGCAGCCUCCCCCUCUCCACACUCACUCCUGUCCGCGCCAGAGAUGUAGAACAACCCAAGAAGAAACUCACAAUCGUCUCCAAGAAGGACUACCCUCUGACCUCCAACUUCCCGUACUCUCUGGAGCAGCUGCAGGUCUCCUACUGCAAACUGUCUCGUGUAGACAUGCGAAUGCUGUCCCUCAAAGCUCUUCGUAAGCUUGAUCUCAGUAACAACCACAUCAAGAAACUCCCCGCCACCAUCGGCGACCUCGGCUGCCUGUCUGAGCUCAUCCUCCACAACAACCACCUGGAGGCCUUCAGUCAAGCCCUCUGUCUCUCCACCCUGCAGCGGACCCUCCAGGUUCUAGACCUGAGCCAGAAUCGACUGCAGUCCCUUCCCGCUCAGUUCUGCCAGCUCAGAGAACUGGUCAACCUCAAACUGGACGACAACGAACUGGUUUGUCUGCCGUUCCACAUCGGCCGCCUCUCCAAGCUGAGGUUCCUCUCAGCGGCGCAUAACCAGCUGGCUGUGCUGCCAGGUGACUUUCGCAAGCUGAGUUUGGAGAACCUGGACUUGUUUGGAAACCCGUUUAUCCAGUCCAACCCUCUGGACCACACAAUGCAGCUCACAUUCCCCCUUCCACUUCAAGAGUUAGCUUCCAGAGCUGUGGCAAACCUCAGAAUACCAUACGGACCUCACCUCAUCCCCGCCCACUUGUGUCGGGACCUUGAAGUAGCUAAGACCUGCGACUGUGGCCGCGUGUGCAUCCGUUUCUACAUCAAGACGGCAGUGAGCAUGAACCUGCACCAGGUGUCCCACACGGUGGUCCUGGUGGACAACAUGGGGGGUACUGACGCUCCAGUACAGCAACACUUCUGCUCCCUCUCCUGCUACUCUGAAUUCUUGGACAACUCACUCCAGAGAGGAAUCAGAUGAGGGAGGAAACAACUUUUCUUUCUUUCUUUUUUUUCUCCAUUUGACAUUAAAGACACUGACAGCUGGAAAUUGCUGUGAUAUUGCAACAGUUUUUGUAAGUUGUGUGAGAUACUGUAAGAGGGUAUCCGAGGAGACGAGAGUAACUGCAGUAGAGACUAGCACAAGUAGUACAAUUUUUGGUGGCAAUGCCUUCAAAAUGAAAAGACAGUGUUGACUUUUUUUAAGCUUUGUUUUUAAAAGCACUUCAAGCAGCAGUUUUACACUUACUUCUGACUUACAAUUCACUUCCCACGUUUCACAAAUUGGGGAGUGGAGCGUACAUUUGUAACAGGGUGGCACUGACUGUAUCUAAUAAUAGCAGACAGCUACACUGACACAGUGACGGUUUGCCUGUGCUACCAGUAAGUCUCACACAUCUUUUUCUUCUCUUCCUGCCUGCCCUACUGACCUUCUUCUCCUGGGCAAGGGAAUAAAGAAAUUAGACGCAUCUUAGUUUUUUUUUUUUUAAUGCCUGAACACAGUGCCUCUGGGUCCAUAAGCGUUGACUGAAGGGAGUUGGUUUUUACUGUGCUAAUGACCCAAAUUUUUUAUAUGCUAGG